AGUUUUUCUCUGUUAGCGUUAGAGAGGAUCCCUCUGAUCCGCUGUAGUGCAGCCUAGGAGGCAGGAGACUGUGGGGUGGGCUAGUCGCUAGGGCUGGGGAUGCCUGAGCAGAUGUGGAAACAGCUGGAAAGGUGGCACAGCCCUUGGGUCGCCGCCGCCGCCGCCGAAGCUGUGGCUGUUUCUAGGAGACAGAGGAGAAGCCAGCCUGCGGGGGAGGGGAAGCGAGUGGGUUGCUGCUUUUAGCAGCUGAAAGGGCUGCAGGGAGCUCUGGGUAAGACAUUUUCUAGCACCGUCGCUUUUGCGGUAGAAGCCUGCCGCGAGUAAGUCAAGAGGAAGGAGGAUUGGGAGGGAGGAGGUCUCAGUUGCAGCCAUGCUGAAUCACGGUUGCUGAUCAGGGUCCCUCACGGGUCUGCUGGGAGAACCCAGCGAGCAGCGCCAGUUCCCGGGUGCAUGCACAGUUUGAUGACUACUAACCCUGCCGGGCCUCCCACAAUGGAGGGCGAAAGUGUCAAGCCGAGCCCUCAGCCCACGGCGCAGGCUGAGGAUGAAGAGAAGAACCGGAGGACUGUAACCGUCAACGCUGCCCACAUGGGGAAGGCCUUCAAGGUCAUGAAUGAGCUGCGAAGUAAGCGGCUGCUGUGUGACGUGAUGAUCGUGGCUGAAGACGUGGAAGUAGAAGCUCACCGUGUGGUCCUGGCAGCCUGCAGCCCUUACUUCUGUGCAAUGUUCACAGGUGACAUGUCUGAGAGCAAGGCCAAGAAGAUCGAAAUCAAGGACGUGGACGGACAGACUCUCAGCAAGCUCAUCGACUACAUCUACACCGCAGAGAUCGAGGUGACAGAAGAGAACGUGCAGGUGCUGCUUCCAGCAGCCAGCUUGCUGCAGCUCAUGGAUGUGCGACAGAACUGCUGUGAUUUCCUGCAGUCUCAGCUGCAUCCCACCAACUGCCUGGGCAUCCGAGCUUUUGCAGAUGUGCACACGUGCACCGACCUCCUGCAGCAGGCGAACGCCUAUGCAGAGCAGCACUUCCCAGAGGUGAUGCUGGGGGAAGAGUUUCUGAGCUUAAGUCUGGACCAGGUGUGCAGCUUGAUAUCCAGCGACAAGCUGACGGUCUCCUCAGAAGAGAAGGUGUUCGAAGCUGUGAUUUCAUGGAUCAAUUACGAGAAGGAGACUCGCCUAGACCACAUGGCAAAGCUGAUGGAGCACGUCCGGCUCCCUCUGUUACCGAGAGAUUACCUGGUCCAGACAGUUGAGGAGGAAGCUUUGAUCAAGAACAACAACACCUGUAAGGACUUCCUCAUCGAAGCCAUGAAGUACCACCUCCUGCCUCUUGACCAGAGGCUCUUGAUCAAGAACCCCAGGACCAAGCCCCGGACUCCAGUCAGCCUGCCCAAGGUCAUGAUUGUGGUUGGUGGCCAGGCACCCAAGGCGAUCCGCAGCGUGGAGUGCUAUGACUUCGAGGAGGGCCGCUGGGACCAGAUAGCCGAGCUUCCCUCCAGAAGAUGCAGAGCAGGUGUGGUGUUCAUGGCAGGCCACGUGUAUGCCGUGGGUGGCUUUAACGGCUCUCUGCGGGUCCGGACAGUGGAUGUGUACGAUGGAGUGAAGGACCAGUGGACGUCCAUUGCCAGCAUGCAGGAGCGCCGGAGCACCCUGGGUGCGGCCGUGCUCAAUGACCUUCUCUACGCAGUCGGAGGCUUCGACGGCAGUACCGGCCUGGCAUCCGUAGAAGCCUACAGCUACAAGACCAAUGAGUGGUUCUUCGUGGCCCCUAUGAACACACGGCGGAGCAGCGUGGGAGUGGGUGUUGUGGAGGGGAAGCUGUAUGCCGUCGGGGGUUACGAUGGUGCUUCCAGGCAGUGCCUGAGCACCGUGGAGCAGUACAACCCAGCCACCAACGAGUGGAUAUACGUGGCAGACAUGAGCACCCGACGCAGUGGCGCUGGGGUUGGGGUGCUCAGCGGACAGCUGUAUGCCACCGGGGGACAUGACGGACCCUUGGUGAGGAAGAGUGUUGAAGUUUACGAUCCUGGGACAAACACUUGGAAGCAGGUGGCAGACAUGAACAUGUGCCGGCGCAACGCAGGGGUCUGUGCGGUGAAUGGGCUACUGUACGUAGUUGGAGGGGACGACGGAUCGUGCAAUCUGGCUUCAGUAGAGUACUACAACCCAGUCACAGACAAGUGGACACUGCUGCCCACCAACAUGAGCACUGGGAGGAGCUAUGCAGGUGUUGCUGUGAUUCACAAAUCCCUGUGACCCAAACUCCCUCAGCCAGGAGGUAGGGGAAGAAGCUGCAGGCCACUGCCCGUGGCAACAGGACCACAGCAAGUGAGGAGAGGAGCUGGGAGGCUCUGCCGUGGUUCGACAACCACCCUCAUUGUCUCAGCAGACCAACCUCCUUCUUCUUCAUGUGGACACUGAUGACCCACUUCUUAUUGCUCCAAGGUGCUUUGGAUUCUGUCCUAAACAGUUGAGUUCCUGACAGCCCCAGCAGCACCCUAGGGCAUGCACAUUUGGGAACACUUUGUGUGUGUGUGUGUGUGUGUGUGUGUGUGAAACAUUUCAUUCAGUGGGGGCUGGACCUGUGUGAGUGUCUACUGGAUUUCUUUACUACUGAUCUUUUUACUAUGCUAAAACUCCUACAAACAACUUUUUGGACUCGUACAAUGGGCCCUAGAUGACUACAGAUGCUGUCUUCUGGAGGUCCAGAGAGAACUAGCCAAAAGCAGCACUCCGACCACGUCUGGGACCAUGACUUGACUACUGCGGUUGUGUGGAAGAGCAGGGGCUUCCUCAAAGCUGCUCCACGGCCUCUCCCUGGGCCGCUGCCUCCUCCUUGACUGGACUCUAGGAGGCGGAUGAGAACUGUUUUGCCUUCAUAGUUUGACCUGAUGUCAUGAAUUCCAGAUUUGGAAGAUUUUUUUCCCUUCUCAGCAGGGAAAACAAACUCUUCAGAUAAGCCCCAGGAAAAAACACUGGAGAGAAACAGAUAAGAAAAGGAAGCAAGCAAGCAAAAGAAGAAAGUGAUGGGGCUAGAGAGAUGACUCAGUGGUGAAGAGCACCGACUGCUCUUGCAGAGGUCCUGAGUUCAAGUCCCAGCAGCCACAUGGUGGCUCACAACCAUCUGUAAUGGGAUCCGAUGCCCUCUUCUGGUGUGUCUGAAGACAUCUGCAGUGUACCCGUGUACAUUAAAUAAAUGAAUGAAUAAAUACAUCUUUAAAAAAAGCAAGGAAGAAUGAGAGCAAGCAAAGACAGACAGACAGAAGACACCAAAGCAACAUGGAUUCAGCAUCUACCCACAGCGGCCUCAGAGUGGGACCCUGCUUUCGAUUGUUCUCAGGGCACCUACUUAAUUUAUCAUAGCGUAUUAUGCAGGCCUACUUAUCCACGGUGUCAGAGGAUAAGUGAAAGGUCACCCUGCCACUCGACCCAGAGAUAGGUUUGCCCAUAGGUCAGGAGUGGCCAUAUAUAACUCAGAAGGACAUGAUUGGCUUCUAAGAAACACACUGGCUGUUCUGGCCGUUGGCACUUUGUGAGGACGGUCAGGGAUGCUUGUAUCCAUGUCUUCCCUCUGUCCUGCUUCCCUCCUAGUCCAGGGUCUGUAUCUUCUCCCCAGCCUCCGAAACACCCCCUUUUAACUUUCCCUUUGGGAAAGAAAAUGGUAGUGGACCCUGGACUGGAGAGCUUCUUCGAAGACGCUUGUAUUUCUAAAAAUGAAAGCACCUCAGGAAAGCUCUGCUCAGCCACAGAUCAAGACUAUUAAAAAACGUAACUUCAAGCAUGCGGGGUGGUGGUUGGAAGUGUUUAGAAGCAAGCACAUUUAGGGCUGGGGGGUGGGGUGGGGUGUGCUUACUUUAGGCGCAUGAGUUUGAUCUCUAGCACUGACAUUAAAAAAAAAUUCUGGGUACAGCCUCAUACGCCCAUCUUAAAGCUGGGAAGGCAGACACUGGGAGAUACCUGAGGCUUUGUGGGGACAGCCAUCCUAGGCUAACCAGAAAGUCUCAGUCUCCAGCCUCAGGGAGAGACUUGCAAAACAAACUGUGUGGAUCCUGCAGACCAACAUUAAAGGUUGACCUUUGGCCUCUACACAUACUUAUCCCCCCCCCCCCCCGCGACCCCCAACCCACAAACCUCAGCACUAAACUCUUCUUAAGCUAACAAAUUGUUUGUAUUGGAAUCUCUGCCCUGGGAGGGGAGAACAGCCUCAUAGGCAGGAGUCGGAGUUUCAGCUUCCCCUGACGUCAGAGGGGGGCGCCCCCUGUCCGACAUCUCUGCCUUUGGAAGCGUCUCCCCAGCUAGGCAGCCACUGAGUAUUUACUGAGCACCCCUCCAUGAGGGUGAACCUCUCUAAUGUUACGCAGGAGUUAGGAACCACCACAUCUAGAUGGCUCACAGCCUUAGGAAGGAGCUAGCAUAGCCAGCUUUGGGGGACCCAGAAGAAAGGUCUCCCAAGGGAGGGAUGCAAACAUUUUCUUGGCUGCUGCUCUGGUUCCCAGCUGUGAGCAGGGGCGGGGGGGGGGGGGGGGGGGAGCCACUUGUGAAGCCCAGCCUUCACUAGAAAGCUCUACCACUGAGUGCGUUCCCCACGCCCUCCCUCCCUUUCCAGGCAAGUCUGGGGACUUGUUUGAGGUGUGAGCUGUGAAGGUAAGGCUGGGGAUCAGAGCCUAGUGAGCUAUUUGCAUAAGCACCCUAUUUCAGGUGAAAGGUAAACCCACCCUCUCCCACUCCCACCAAGAACCCAGACUUUUAUACUUAGGGGUCAUGAUAAACCUUCCUGAAGAGAACCCCUCCUUCCGAGGAAGCUGGCCAGCCCCGGUUUCUGCUGGAGUUUUUGCUGUGGGUUCCACUUUGUGCCUCCCUCCCUGUGAAGCGCUGGCUCUGCAGGCAGAGCUGCUGAGGGCUUCACUCAUUUCACACUCGUGUGUCCUUUUUGUGUGGGGACUAGAACACUGGUACGUCGUCACCAAAAGAGCCAGCCUGCCCUAGCUGCCCACAGAUGCCACCCUCCCCCAAGACCUGUGUUGCUGCAUCAUCAGGUAGAAGUCUCGCCAUCACGGAUACCUCAGACCCACUUUCAAGUCUCUGCUAGUCUAGCGCGCGCCCUAGGCGGAGCCUUCCCACCCCUCACCUGGCAGAGCAGACACUAGCCACCACUAGUGAACACUAGCGAAUACAGCCCUGCCAAGGGGCACAUCUGAAACCUAACGAAAGUGACAAAAUGGAAUUGAGACCCAAGGUUAAACCAAGGUUAGAAGCAGAUUAGACACCACUCGGAUGCUGAUUCGGACAGCGGAAGUCAGCUUCUGAACUCCAAAGUCAUUUCUUCUAAGUACCCAACAGCAUCACCAUCCCAAAAGAGAAAAAAAAAAGGCAGUAUUAUGCAAAUGAAGUGACCUCAUUUUUCUGCUAUGCAAUAAGAAUUCUUAAUUGUAUCUCAUGACAAGCCAGUUGUAAUAUCCCCUCAGCAGAAUUUUUUUUUGAGCUGUUACACUUUGAUAUCUGUUGUGUAAUGUUUGUAUAUCUCUGAGCCAGAUCCUUUCAAAGAUUGCCUUUUUUUUUUUUUUUUUUUUUUUUUUUUUGUAAAAUUGAAGCUAUAGCUUUCAGGCUACAGUUUUAAUGUAGAUAUUCUUAUAGGUAGUUUUCCAGGACAUUCGAAUCGCUUUCUAUCGUCCAUGACAAUGAAAUGCUGUUCUGUGUGUCGCUCACCCCUAGCAGUGUGCGCCUGGAGCUGUCCUGCCUUUGUCUUUCUCCCUGUCUCUCUCUGUCUCUCUGUCUGUCUGUCUCUCUGUCUGUCUCUGUCUCUCUCUGUCUCUCUGUCUCUGUCUCUGUCUCUCUCUCUGUCUCUCUCUCUCUGUCUCUCUCUCUCUCUCUCUUCUGUCUGUCGCAGAACCCUUCUGAGCUCCGGGCCCUCAGUGGUCUAGGAAGGUGACUGACUUCCAAGACGCCCGUCGCGGGGCUUCCUUUCUUAGUUCCCAGGGACUUACGUUAAGUGUGACUCAGUGCGUACUAUGUCUCUCAUCUCUGUGUGCUCAUGGAUCUGUUUUCUGCAGGGCUGGGUUGGCCCACGCGGCAAUGGUUCUUACUGCCCGGCCCUCAGGCCCACACUCCCUAGGUGGCCUGGAUCCUGCAGACCUUGCCCAUUCUCCAGUGUCUCCUUGCUUUUGGAGGUUUUUAGUAUUCAGGGCCUCCUUGACUGGGUCCUGUUUCUUUGGGAAGCUUGCGUUCCCAUCACUUCGGAUGAGCCGUUCUUUGGGAGGGUGGUUGGUCCUGACUCGUGGGAAGAAUGCGCUAAGCAGAUUUUUCAUUCGAUUUUUUUUCUUUCUUUCUUGAGCUGUCUUCAUUCCAGGUUCUGUUUUGUGUAUUUAUCAUCUGCCGCAGGCCUCUUGUUUCUCUUUUUAAAUCUUAACUUAUUAUUUUGGGGACAGGUGCCAUUUAAACCGCCUCCAUGCCUCUUCCUGCUUGACCUGGGCUGGAUCAAGUUGGGAGGCUGAGUAAACCCAUUAAGUUGGACCAGAGCAUCCAAGGCUCUGAUGAAUGGAAGCAAGGAGAUCAGAGUGCUUUUUGUAGGCUGUGUGUGUGUGUGCUACUUAAGCCCCUUGUGUUCAGCUGCACUGUUAUCUACGGAGCAAGCAGAAAAUCCAGCAGCACUUCCGACAUAUGGGGACAGGAGAGGCUACUCGGUGUGGGUAAUCCAGCCCUCGAGGCCCUGUGCAGCCUUUACUGUGGGACUCAGAGACUCCGGGCUGUAGCAGCAGCCGAAGCAGGAACGCACGGGGCUGCGGCAUCUGCAGGAAUAAAUUGUUCUUGUGCUGUUUUUGCCUUCAGUUAUAAGAUUGUAAAUUAUUUGCCCCCCACUUUGGUGGUAAUAAAGGACCCUUGUUGGACUUCUUGUUUAAUUUGUAUAUGAUGUGUAAAAUAUCUUCUUUGAAAGAAAACCCAAGGCAUGGAACGAGAAUCUCUCUGUGAAUAUUCUGGCUCUCUGCUGGAUAUGGGCCGUCAGACUGGACACAGGCACGGGUAAAGUCCUUGAUCUGGUAUUUUCUGCGUGGAUGUUAGGGACCAUACACCAUGGAAAAGAACACUUGCCACAUGAACAAUACAAUAAAAGCCGAGAAACAUUCCCCCAAAUGUAUUAUUUUUAUAGCAGUCCAUUCCAGCUCUCCACACUGUACAUGGCGUUUUAAUAAAAGCCGAACUGUGCAAACA